AUGCGCAGUCACUUUGAGAAGGAUUAUCCAAACUUGGCGUUGUCCGAGUCCGCUUUCAUGCCCGACGAGCAGCUCUACGACUGGGGAGUCGACGUCGAGGCUGGCUGGAAGCGAGUGCAAGAAAUCAGCCGUCGCACCGCUAAAUGCUCACGCAACCAGAUGGACGAGAAUGCGUGGUGUCAUGUCGUCCGCCUGGUGCUGGAGCUUGCUCUUGAUGUUGCCAGCGACCUCGAUAACGAAUUUGCGCUGGAAAUUAAUAACGUCCAGUCCCAAGCUCUGAAAGCUGCCUUUCUGCCGCGUACAUCCCAGCUGAGACUCAUCGACAAAAAGAUAGAUUUUACCAUUGCAGUCGACAUGGAGAAGGGUUCUCACUUCGCUGUCCAGCCAGAACUGAUUCCAUCAUCACCCAUGACGGACGCUUAUACGGAAAGACUGCCCUUGCUCUGUGGUCUCGAGGUCAAGCGCCAUGGUGGUGAUCAGGUAGAAGCUCAGUUGCAGCUCAUGGUGUGGCAGACAGCGAUGCUCACUUACUUGGAUCAUCUGCGUCAGGUCGGGGGCAAUUCUGACCUUCCGCUACCACCUGUGGCAGGAUGGAUCGUCAUCGGACAUGUGUGGCAGUUCUACAUAGCGCGGAAAGAGCCUGGCGGCGACGUCAUCAUCCAGUCGUUCAGUUCUAUUGAACCUGCCUAG